ACGCCGCGCCGUGCACCCGCGCACCCCAACCCGCAGCACUGCGGCGGCAGCCGCAGGAGCCCAGAGCGUUGGGCCGGCUGCUCGGGCCAGUCCUCGCACAUCACGCAUUCACCGCACCAUUUUGGGGAACAUGAGCAGCGCGGUGCCGCGGCCGCUGCUGCUGGCGGCGGCCGCUGCGGCGGCAGCCGCGCCGAGAGCAGCCGCGAUUGGCUUCCUGACGGUGAGCAGCCAAGAGCCUGGCAUGAUGUUCCCGCUGAUGCUGACGGAGGACAGCAGCGCCGAGGACGGGGCACCCGACGACGUCCCCGAGCCGUCGGGCCAGAGCCUGUUGCAGAUCGUCAGCAGGGUCGCCGUGGAGAUGGAGGACGAGCUCGACGCCGCCGCCCAGGGCAUACCUCCAGUGGCCGCCGCUCAUGACGCGGAAGGAGCGCGCACCAUGAUCACAGCGCAGGAGGUUUUGGACGCAGCGAAGCACCAGAUCGACUCCCUGCCGAGCUACUGCGACUCCGUGACGGGCGUGCCGUACGUCUCCUCGCUCCGCGCGCGAGCGUUCGCGAAUUUGGCAAGACUUCACCUCCGCGGCCAGGAUAUGAGGACGCCCUCCGACCCCGUGGAGUGGGCCUGCAGCCAUCCCUGGUCGGCCUGGUUCAUGUACGGGCUGGUGCUCUGGGCCGGGAUGACCAUGGCAGCGUUCAUCUACGCAUCCUUCUGGUACAGGACCAAGAUGCCCCCGUUCGAUCAGCACUCUAGGCUGGAGCCCGAGGCCACCUUCGAGAGCAGCCACUUCGGUUGCAUGUCCGACUGGAGCAGCUGCGUGUGCGCCUUCGUCUUCCCGGCGGUGCGGUGGGCGGACACCAUGCACACGGCGGGCAUCCUGAGCUUCUGGGCCGCCUUCUGGACCCUUUCCCUGUGCGAGCUGCCUGCGCUGCUCUUCGGUGUGUUCGGCCUCUUGAUCGCGGUGCCACUUGUGUUCUACAGGCAGGUGUUCAGACAGAAGCUGGGCGUGGCCAGCGGCCACGAGACUUACAUCACAGAUUGCUUCUAUGAGCCCGCGGAGGAGCUGCUGCGCUGGGCGGCGCAGGCGGGCGCCAGGGGGCUCGAGCAGGUGGAGGUGGCUCACUUCUCGGGGGGCGGCGCACGCGUGCGCGGCCUGAGGGCGGCAGGCCCCGCGGGCCUCGCAGCUCCCGUGCUGUUGCCGCGGCGCCUGCUGCUGACGGCCGCGUCGGAGGAGGCGCUGGCGCUGGCGCUCGCGGUGGAGCGGCGGCGGGAGCUGGGCGGCGGCGGCAGCUUCUGGGGCCCGUGGCUCCGCGCGCUGCCCACGCCCGAGGAGCUGGCGGCCUUCGACGUGAAGUACGCGCCAGCGGAGCUGCUUCGUGGGCCGCUGGCGGCGCUGCCGCUGGCGGCGCGCGUGGAGGCCUGGCAGCGCGGCGUGGAGGCGCGCUGGCGGGCGGAGGGCGGCGCCUGGCGCGCACUGGCCGAGGGCCGCCAGGCGCCGGGGCUGAGCUUCGAGGACUUCCGCUGGGCCUCCGCCACGGUGCAGCUGCGCGGGUACCCCCCGCCGCCGGAGCACUCCUUGAUGCCGGUGUGCGACAUGAUGAACGCGGGACCGAGCCCCAACAUGGAGGCGUGCCAGGGUGCCACGGAGGUGUACGACAUGCUGGAGCUGGAGGGCGAGGCUUCUGGUGAGUUCUACGGAAUGCUGCCAGGGAACGGAGCGCCCGUGCCACAGGGGCGCGAGCUGAUCCAGGCGUACGGCGCCGUGGACAACGCAGAGCGCCUCUUCCGGGGCGGCUUCGUGCUGCCGGACAACCCGUUGCCGGUGUCUGCGCUGGACUCGGAGGCGGCCCAGGCGCUCGCGCGCGCCCUGGCCCUUACGGAGGGCCCUGGCGGAGCCGAGGCCGGCCCGCCCGCCCUGGUGGCCUCCCUGUGCGCCCUGGUGCGGGAGCACCUGGCCGCGAGCGGCAAGGCGGAGCUCGGUCCGGGCAUCGGGCUGAAAACGAGGCGCUGUUCUGCCCAUGCUGCCUGA